AUGUUUGAAAAUGAAGAUGAUAUAUUGUUUUAAGAGAUUUUAAGGUGCUAAACCAAUGAAGAUAUUUAGCAUCUUGUUUAUUCUCAAUGUUUAGACAUAAUUGGAAAUUCGGUGUAGGAUCAACUAUCCUUAUCUCAUAAAUAAUUGUUUAGAGUGAUUCGACUAUUUAAAGAAUACAUAAAUUAAAAACCGACAUAAUUGUAAGAUUAAAGAAAAAGUAGACAAUAAGCACUUUUAUAGCAUUAAUAAAAUUGCAUACUAUUGCAAUAUCAAUUAUAAUUGGAAUAAAAUAAAGUAAGUUAGUUACAUUUGGAUAAUGAAAUGAUGAAGUUGCAAUUAAAAAUUUAUUAAGGAGAUUUAGAAACUCUUAAACAGUAAAACUUUGAGGAUAUCAAAAAGAUAGAAAAUCAACUAUUUAAUACACUUAAAUAAAUUUCAUUAUACAAAGACUCUCUAAUUCAAAAAAUUUGUGUGAUUUGUAUGCAAAAAGAAUACAAUAUGAUUAUGAAACCUUGUGGACAUAUUUGUGUUUGUGAAUAUUGUUCAAAGUAUAUAGAUCAGUGUCCAAUUGAUAAAGAAAAGAUUACUAAAAUAAAGAAAGUUUACUUAUCAUGA